AUGCGGGGGCUGUACCAACACCUCAAGCGAUCAACGGGCCUCAGCGGGAGACAAGCUGGGGGGCAGCAGUUCGUGACGCAGCGACCAGCGACGCGCGCCACCCGACGCCUGGCGGCGGUACCAGACCUCGAGGAGGUUGAGGUGGCAACGAAAGGUUUGGGGAACUGGAAGGCGGUUGGCCCCGACCUCCUUGCCGCCGAACUGCUCAAGGUCGACGGCGACGACGAGCCCAUUGUCCUGGAGCUCCUCCGUGCCAUCUUCGUCGAAGUGUGGAAUGGGGGAGAGAUGCCGCAGGAGUGGAAGGAUGCCAUCAUUAAGGUGUUGUACAAGACGGGUGACCGGUCGAACUGCAACAACUUCAGGGGCAUCUCGCUGCUCUCGUAUGUAGGCAAAAUACUCGCCAAGACCAUCACCAACCGCCUGAGCGCAUUCUGCGAAGCCAACGAAAUCCUCCCGGAGGAACAGUGCGGGUUCCGGCCUGGCCGAUCCACGGUAUGCAUGCUGUUCGUUGUGCGCCGACUCCAGGAGCUGGGGCGGAGGAGGAGAAUCCCGCUCUACAUGUGCUUCAUCGAUCUGCAGAAGGCAUAUGACUCGGUGGACCGGGAGCUACUGUGGAAGGUGCUGGCCCGGGCCGGGAUCCCCGGGGAGAUGAUCGCCGUCAUCCGCAAGUUCCACGUCGGAAUGCGGGCCCGGGUCCGCACGGACGAUGGGGAGCUAUCGGACUGGUUCCCGGUCACGCAGGGAUUACGACAAGGGUGCUCAAUGUCCCCACUGCUGUUCAACGUCUUCUUCGCAGCGCCUCUCGAGAUCAUUGUCACACGGUUCAGCCAAGAUGAGGUUAUCGUGCGGGACCUAGUGUACUUGAAGGAGGAGGAACGGAGGGGGGAGGGAUUGCUGGACCGAGUCCGGAGGGCGGUGUGGGGGAUGCUAUAUGCCGACGAUGCCGGCGUUGUGUCGAAGUCCGCCGACGGCCUGGCGAGGAUGAUGACCAUUAUCGUGGAGGUGUUCCGGGAGUUCGGGCUGACGGUGUCGGAGAGGAAGACGGAGACAUUGGUGAUGCGGGUGAAGGAGAAACAGCGACCGCCGCCGACGCCACCGCCGCCGCUGACCAUCGAAGCAGCGGGGCAAAGGUACGCACAGACGACCGAGUUCCGAUACCUGGGCGGCCUCGUCAACGAGCAGGGCGACCUUACCCGAGAGAUCAACCACAGGAGCAAAGCAGCGUGGGCGUGCAUUAGGCGAUACGCCACGGAGCUCUUCGACCGACCGGGAGCACCGUUUCGCCUCAAGGCCCGCCUACUCCAGGCGGAGGCAGUGGCGGCACUGCUAUACGGCUGCAUGACAUGGUCCCCACGCCGCGACCACUACCGGCUGCUGCAGACGACACACCACCGUCUGCUUCUGCGAGUUAUCGGCUACCGGCGCAAACGAGGCACCUACCGGCAGCUGUCAUACGCCCAGGCGCUGAAGAGGGUCGGCUGCCAGAGCGUGGAGGCCACUGUCCGUCAACGGCGCCUGCUCUUUGCGGGGGCCGUGGCAAGACAGCCAGACGGGCGGCUUCCGAAACGGCUGAUGUUCGGCGAGUUGGUGGGAGGGGAGAACCCGGGCCGGGGAAGCCCGGAGCAGAACUGGCUGAUAUGCCUGAAGGACGACCUAAAGAUGUUCGAAGCCAGACACGGCUCCACGCCCGACAAGCGGAGCUUCUUCGGAAUCCCGAAGCCAGACUGGGACGAGGCGGCGAAGGUGGAGGGGGGGGUACCGUGGCACGCGGGGGUGCUACAGGGAGCUGAGAGGUUUAUGGCCUCUUGGCACAAGGGCGAGGAGAAGGCCAGCCGACAACGAGCCAUCAAACGAGGAGACAGCGGGCCCAAAAAGAGUCUAGAUACGGCACCAAUCAACGGGGCGGGAGGGGGGCGGGAGGAAACGGCGCGGGAAGAAAGCAAGCGAGAAGAGACCGACCGCGUGACGUGACAUGUUGCGGUUGAAUUUCAGCGACUAGUUUUUCUGUUGCCCUCUCCCCCGUUUGCUGUCGCGUUCAGACUGUCUCUACGGAGAUCCCUGUCUCUGUGCGAGUUUGUUUAUGUCCUCGUCUGUCUUUGGUUUAUUUCGUUUUAUUUUGUUUUUGUUUUUUUUUGUUUUUGUUUUUGUUUUUUACUGGCACGUACUGCUGACCCUUGGGGUCCUUCCGGAAGGCUACCCCCCAGGCUGGUGGUGCGCACGUUCCACUAUUUAUUUAUUUAUUUGUUUCUGAUUCUUUUGUUUUCUUGUAUUUUAUCGCUCUGCUAACCCUUGGGGUCCAUUUUACUUUGGUAUACCUUUUCUAGGGCGAGGUCCCGUGCUGUCCACGGAGCGUGACGUACGUGUGAAAAGGAUAAGGCGGAACGAUACUUCCACCGGCGGUUAAGUACACAUACGACGUUACCGAUAGAAGAAAGGCCAUAUGUUGUCCAACGCCUGUUCUUGAAGUGGGUCAGGCAAUAUUCCACACUAUGUACAAGCAAGGUUGCUCCUAACGUCGGGCCGAUGGCAAAUACCGUCAAAUCACUACAUGAUUCGGCGGCUGACCUCAAACUGACAAAAAAAAUAACAUAAAUAAUAAACUGACUCAGCACGUCACACACGCUGGUAAAUAUGGUCGAAUUAGACAGCAGUUUCUUGACCACAAGGAGUGCACAAAAUAAUUGCACACACACACACACAUGUUUGUACACGACAAGAGCCCAGAGCCGAACUAUCACGAAUGAAACAAAGGCAAGGAUCGCAGCAAAGAGGGCUAACGGUGGCGGUGCCACCUAUUUAUCCAGCCCGUGCGGUUCCCACCCUUGCUCGCACAAGCACACCCUCCCCACACCCUAUUCUCCAAGGUCUCCUCCUUCUCCACCAUACGCUAUUUAGCACGGAGGAUCCUGUCGUCGUCACUGCCACCAUUUUGUCACACACAAGCAAAAGCAGCAAAGGCAAACAACGGAAAGCGCAGGCGGUAAGCAUGGGGGUUGGUUAAUGUGGACUAAGGUCACCUGGGUGGGAUUUACUUCGGCGUUCUGCGCGCCGUAGUACGUUCUCAUACGAUGAAAUCGGGCCACAGUCACGCAAAUCCCUGCCGCACCCUCAGUUUAUGGUCGAGAAGUUGGUAAAUACAUACGGAACCAGAAACACACCUCAAAGCGACUCUUGAACCCUCAGAACCAGUCAGCUCCUGUCGUCCCCCAUGGCCCUUCGACCCC